UGAGCAGUCUCAUAGGCUUGUGCUAUAGCAAUGAACGUGUCGCUGGUGUGGCGCUCCGUGAUGGCCCUCGUGGCUUUGGUGGCGCUCUGCUGCUGUCACCUGCACAAUACAGACAAUGUGAUCAACAUACCUGUGGGCGAUCCACAUGGGCCGCAUGGCGUAUGGAGGACACGUACUGUGUGGAAGGCAAGAUGGCUCAAGGAAUGGAGACAAGAGAAAGUAUGGAAGCCCUUGUGGAAGAAAGUGUGGGGGCCAGUGGAAAUAAAAGAGUGGGUUCCAAUUCCGAAACCUCCCCCUGGGUGGGAGUCCGAACAUGAGUGACACGAGAUAAAUGAAAAUACAGAAUGUUUAUGAGUGCGUGUUCAUACUCCUAUCGGAGCAAAACUCACCCAACCAGAAGAAAAUGUUUUUAAACUUAUCUCGUCAUGUUUCUAAUCAAGUGACUUUAAAUGCGACUCACCCGGCAGACGGUCGUGGUACCAUACCAAGAAGGGAAGAAGUGAGAUCGGGGUAAAGCUUCAAGUGUUCCAGGUCCAGACGCCCCAAACUGGGCUCAUUAUAUUCACGCCGUAAGAAUUUAUGCAGGCCGCAUGAUCCCAUUGGAUCACCACCAACAAAAUGAGAACCCAAGGAAAGAGGGCGAGGC